AUGGUGGUUGGCCUGGAGGCGUGCGGCUUCCAAGGCUCAAUUUUUCAUGCGCAUCAUUCUUGGAAUGCUGAUGAUGUUGUCGUUUCCCAGGCUGCAGAGCCUGCCCAACGGUUGAAGAAGCUAACGUACCUGGAGGCACUGGGGGACGUGCUCAACCAGCUGGGCGUUCUUCGCGGCUUCACAUACAGGUUGGCGCGGUCUCGGCUCGAUGCCGUGCUGAGGGCCGAGGUGAAGGCCGGUGUCGAAAGUGGUGAGGUCAAAGCCGGGAGCGUUCCUGGCCUGGAUCCCCACACGAUGCUCAUUCAGGUGGAAGACUCCGCAGCGGAGCUGUGGCAGAAGGAGAGCCAAGCCAGGGACAGCUUCCAGAGUCAGCUUUCGAAGGUCUACCACGGCUCUGGGUCCUUCACGUUUACAGAGGACGAGCUCCUGGGUGUCCCAGAGAAGCUGAGGGCCGGCUGGGCGAGGCGCGGCAAGUACAAGGUCCCAAUCGGCCGAGAUGCCCUCCAGUGCGUGGUCGCGCACUGUGCGGCCGCCGGCCCUCGCCGCAAGCUCUUCGAGGCCUACUACCAGCAGGCCGGUUCCGGGUUACAUGAGGCAGCUCUGGAGCUACUUCGUGUCCGUCUGGAGCUAAGCGGUGUGGGGCAGAAGGUCUCGGGCUCGUGGAACAUCAUAGCAUUUUCCCAACCUCCUGAGAGUAGAGAUGGGGCUGCGGAGGGACCGGAAGGCUUGGAGCUCCAGGAGGAAGGCUUGACGGUGCUGAGACGAGUGGGCUCGCCUCUGCAUGUGGCCUUUGCCAUUGGGGGCUCGCGCUGCGGCAAGAGCACGGCCUGCAACGCUCUGCUCUUGGGUCCGGAUGCGAGCGACCGGAGCUGUUUCGAGACAGGCAGCGCCUUUGACCCCGUCACGGUCGGCGUGGACGUCGCCGCUCGCCGCCUGCCGGGCGGGGGUGCCCUGGUCCUGGCCGACUGUGAGGGUGCCUUUCACCUUUGUGGUUCCACGCUGAAUGCCCGGGGCUUCGGCGACGUGGGCUUUCUGGCCUACCACCUCAGCUCCACGGUGAUCCAUGUCACGAUGGGCAGCAUCGACGAGCGGGACCUGGAGGCCUUGGGCCAUCUCGCCACGGAUGCCGGGGAGCUGCGCUGCUCCGCGCCGGAGUGUCUCAGACCGGAUGCAGUUCCUCCGGAGCUGCUUCUGCUGGUGAAUGGAGCGCGCUUCGAGCUAGGUGAUGCCGUCGCGCGCCGCCUUCUGCAGCCACCAGCGGGCUCCGGCCGGCAGUGUGCCCGCUCCGCCAUUUCGCGGGUGUUCGGUGCAGAGCCGGCCCUGGAGGCCCUUCCUGGCUGUGAGCACGCGGGCUACUGGCCCAAGGUGGAGCGGCUCCGUGAGCGACUCCUCGAAGCAGCUCCGGUGGCGCAGGGCCCGCUGCAGGCUUCUGGGAGCCAAGUGGCGAGGCGGCUCGAGGCCCUGGUGGCCCACCUCGGCGGCGCGGAGCCGCCAGCUGGCCCCAUCUCUGCCGCGGAGCACUCGCUGCGCAGCCGGCUGCUGGAUCCUUUGGUGGAGGAGAUCGCCAAGAAGUUCACGACUGCCGCCAGUUCCUGGCGACCCAACCAGGUGAGCAGCCCCUCCUCUGCAGAUGCACGUGAGGAUGAAAGUGCCGUGGAGGAGGCUUUGCGCGAGUUCGACGAGCGGUCUGCUUGGCUUGCAGAGGGUGUCGAGGAAGAAGCUGGGGCGCUCCCCGCGGAGCUGCUCCGCGCCGUGCGCCAGCGCCUUGCAGCGCGGCUCCAGGGCAUCGCAGAGGCCGUGGCACGAGGGCGGGAGGAAAGUGCAGCCCUGCGGCGACAGGGCUCCGCGUCGAAGCGCGACCGCGGCACGCCCUCGCGUCUUGAGCGAUCCCCUGGCUCGCAGCUGGAGUUCAGGACCCCCACGCCACCCCACACGCCCAGCCGGCGGCGGACGCUGGCGGCCCUUCUCGGAGCGGCAGAGGAGGCAGUGCUGCGCGUGGAGGCGUUCCAUGCGGCAGCCAACCAUCAAGCCAAGGAGCUGCGUGAAAUCUACGGAGAGGCGACCAUCCAGGCGACCGCGCGCUCUGAGGCAGCGCAGCAGGAGGACGUCGAGGCGAUGGAAGAGGUCGCGCAGUGGCAGGAAGAGUGGGAGCGACGGCUGUCCCAGGAAGCAGCAGUUGUCCGGCAGCGUGCGCAGCGCUGGACGGCAAAGUGCCAGGAGAUGGUCGACGACCUCUCCAGCCAGCUUCACUCCAUCAAGGGUCAGCUGCCUGACGUCCUCUCGGGUGCCGUGGUGCUGGAGAGGGUGCGGUCGGACCUUGAAGUGAUGCGCGUGGGCCGGCGCGAGGUGUUGGAGAAAGCUUCGAAGCGUGUCGCCGCGCGGAUGGAGGAGCUCCGGGAAAGCUGUGCCUUCGAGUCCUCAGGCCAUGCAGAGCUUCAGAGUCGCAUCUCCACGGAGCUGGGGCAAAGGAUGGGCGUGCUUCAUCAGCUCCUGAAGGAGGAAAGCGCUCAUCGGCGCGAGCGGCACCAGGCUUUGGUGGAGGUGGUCGCACAGAUGUCGAAGUCCCUUGAAGCCACGAUGCUUUCUGAGGAAGGGCGCACGCUGACGCCCUCGCCGGCCUCCCACGCCAAGUCUCUGCGGACACCCGGCGGGCGCUGGAAGUCCGACAAGCUCUCCGUAAACGGUCUUCUCCGCCGAUCUCUGCGGUAUCACUGA